AUGAAACUAAUUAGAUUUCUUAUGAAACUUGUUAAUAAUUCGGUAGUAAUUGAGUUGAAGAAUGGAACUAUUAUUCAAGGAACUAUUGUGAGCGUAGACAUGUCUAUGAAUACAUAUUUAAAGAAUGUAAAGAUGAGUGUAAAACAUAGGAAUCCUGUUAGUCUGUCUCAGAUUACUGUCAGGGGAAAUACUAUUAGAUAUUUUAUAUUACCGGACUCUUUACCAUUGGAUACCUUGUUAAUAGAUGAUACACCUAAACAAAACCCACCAAGAGUGAAUCCUAUUUCGGGCCCAAAAUUUGGUCCUAAAUCUGUAAUCAAUUCAUCAGGUGGAGGUAGCUUUGACAACAAAUCUCGUGGCUCUUUUUAUAAUAGAAGAUAG